AUGAGCCCAUCGUGUGUCAUGCCUCCAAAAAAGAACAAGGAAACAGAACCGCAUCUACUAAUUCUGGAGGAGUCUAUUUUGGGGGAGAGAUGGUGUCCUAUCUAUGAAAAAAGUGCCAAAUUUGAGCCCAACCAUUUCGAACAGGCAAUGCUCAAUAUUAUAAGACAACCGAAUAUCAACUCUACCGUUAUACUACGAGCUGAUAUUUUAAAAGAGAAAAUUGUUGAUCCAAAUGAAGGGGAAACUACAUUUAUAAGCAAGUUGAUAAAUUCAGUACCCGAGGUUGAGUCUAAAGAUCGAGAAAAGGAUGUUGUUUUAUUGCAUAAGGAUCUACAAGAUGUCAAUGUACGAGAGGUGAAUUUGGAUGGAUGUCAACUCAGUUUGAAGAACAGGUGUGAAAUUGUGAGACGCAUGAUACCACGAAACCCCUUCAAAGAUUUUAUUAUUAAUCAGACAUGUUUGGUGAUGAAGACCGAGGACAAUCAAAGCGUCCUUGUUGUUUAUGUGCCACACAUAAGCAGAGCAGAGGAUACUCCAUACUAUCUACCUCCGGUUUACGCCGUUGGGAUACUAUAUCACAAUCAUAAGGUAUCUCUUCAUUACCAACCUUUUGAAUUGGAUGAUUGGCGCAAGGAGAGAAAUAAAAUAAAGAACAUGGACUUGUCCGAAAGACCGGUUAGAAUUGCAUUAAGAUUGCUCCAAACUUCAACGAAACAUUCGGGUGGUGUAAAAGUAGGAUAUGAAAAGCGGGUCAAUCACGACUUAGUUGUGUCAAAGGUGGAUUUCCAAAAUAGGUACAUCACGCUAAAGUCAAAGUACUCAUCUGAUUUGGUCAAUUCAUGGUGUGAGUCAACGGAUCCCAAAAAACACGUAUUUGAAGACCUUGCAAUAGCAGCCUUUUUGAUAGAGUAUUGGAAGACAAAGAAGUUUAACAAGGACGAGUUUGAAUUCCGUGAUUUGGGUUGUGGAAAUGGGCUUCUCGUACACAUUUUGAUGAUGGAAGGGUACAAGGGAGAAGGGAUCGAUGCACGAGCUAGAAAAUCGUGGAAGGUAUAUCCACAAGAAGUCCAGGAAAAGUUGAAGGAAAAAAUCAUUGUCCCUAGUAUCUUGUUGAAGCCCCACCCUUCAUUGGCCAAAAUUGCUCCACAUAUAAAGGACAAUGGUAGACAAUUUGCUGAGCCAAUGAACAAUCAAGUCACUUAUCACACAGCUGAAAGCUUGCUCAAUUCAUCUUAUGUUUGUACAACAGAAGAUUUCCCGAAAAAUACUUUUUUAAUAGGAAACCAUUCAGAUGAAUUGACGUGCUGGAUUCCGCUAUUGGGACAUCCUUUUAUGGUGAUCCCUUGUUGCUCACAUGCAUUAAACGGUAACAGAAUGAGGUUCCCACCAAAAAAAGUGAAAACAGCUUUGCUCAAUCAAGCUCUGGCUUCGACAUAUGGCUCCUUAGUUGACCAUGUUGAAGAUAUUGCCAUUUUGAAUGGAUGGCGGGUUGAAAAGGAAAUGCUUCGUAUACCAAGUACAAGGAAUGCAGCUGUGAUGAGUUGUGAAAAGGUGCAACCGUUUCAAGAAGAACCGUCGGAAAUUUCACAGUUGCGGGUUUUGGAUAUAAUUGCCAUGGAAGGCGGUGCUGAAGGGUGGGUUGAGAAUUCAUUGAAUUUAAUGAAAAAAGCACCUAGAAGUCAUUAA